AUAGACGGUGAGUCAUCAGCAGUACCAGGAUUUUUGAAAGAUAGAUUUGCUCCUAUUUUAGAAUGUCAUAGUGAAAAUGAAAUUCGACCAAAAGAUGCAAUCAGAUGUCGUGAAUGUGGUUAUAGAAUUCUAUAUAAGAAGCGCACUAGAAAAUGUUAG